UAGUGAGGAGCGCGAGGUGGAGCGAUAGGUUUUAAAUAGAUGUACAACUGCACACAGUGGAUUACGGGUAAAGGAUUUAAGAGCGACACACACACGCGUGUCCCUCCGCGGCGGGAAUUGAAUUCGGGAACCGGGAAUUCCGUGACCUCGCGGGCUCCCGGCUGUUAUCGACAACGACAAAACGAAGAAGCCUUGUCCAAUCGUCACACGUAGCUCAAAGUAAUUUUAGUUGGUGGUAGUUUUUCGCUUCCCCUGGGGGCUAUUCGCCGGUGUGAAAACGGCGACGAGAGAGAGAAGUGACGGUCGAGAUAGAGCGCGGCGACCACAAAGAACGUCUCAGUCGGCGCUGAGCCAUUGCCUCAGCAAGUCCAUUGCCACAAGUCGGAGAUCUAGUUCCAACCACGGAGAAACUUCCCGCCAAACAGCAUGAGAUCGCACUUGGCCGGCUGCCGCAACGCGACGCUCGUCCUCGCCACGAUUCUCUUCGUAUGGGCGAGGAUCACGAUCGCCAUACGCGUCACGCAACUGUCAGGCAGGAAGAGCGACGUGGUCUCCGACCAGACACCAGCGUCAUCCUUCUGGACACCGACUAUUAAAACGGGCAACAUCUUCACCGACGAUACCAGCAACUUCUUCCCUUCGAGUCAUGGCCUGGUGCAAACUCAUCCGCCGACCGGUAACGUGUUUCGAAGUGGUUUCGGCGGGAUCGACAAUCUUGGCAGCCGGGGGGUGACUGUCAGACCACCAAGGACGAGACCCCUCGAUUACAGCGAGCGAUCCACGGCUGAAUUGCGCCGAAAUCCGGCGCUUUCCUCGCCGGACGAGUGUGCCAGAGCUUGCCGCGAGAACGAACCACCUAGGAUAUGCUAUUACCAUUUCACCCUCGAGUAUUACACCGUCCUUGGGGCCGCGUGCCAAAUUUGCACCCCUAACGCCACUAACGUGGUCUGGAGCGAUUGUCAAUGCGUGUUGGCAGAUGGAGUGGAACGUGGUAUUUUGACAGCGAACAGGAUGAUACCUGGGCCGAGCAUCCAAGUCUGUCAAGGUGACAAAGUCGUGAUCGACGUGGAGAAUCACAUCGAAGGUAUGGAAGUUACCAUUCAUUGGCACGGCGUGUGGCAGAGGGGCUCUCAAUACUACGAUGGCGUACCAUUCGUGACACAGUGCCCCAUCCAAGAGGGUAGCACUUUCAGGUACCAAUGGACUGCUGGAAACGAAGGUACGCACUUCUGGCACGCCCACACAGGAUUGCAGAAAAUGGACGGUCUGUACGGAAGCAUAGUGAUACGUCAACCGCCUAGCAAAGAUCCUAACAGCAAUCUUUACGACUACGAUCUCACUACCCAUGUCGUUCUCAUCAGCGACUGGUUCCAUGAGAACGCGGCUGAACGUUUCCCCGGCCGGCUGGCGGUUAACACUGGCCAAGCGCCUGAAAGCGUGUUGAUAAACGGAAAAGGCCAAUUCAGGGAUCCCAACACCGGUUUCAUGACGAACACGCCACUCGAGGUGUUCACCAUAACUCCUGGUCGUCGUUAUCGUUUUCGACUGAUCAAUUCGUUUGGAUCAGUUUGUCCAUCUCAGAUCACGUUCGAAGGUCAUUCCCUCACCAUAAUCGCGACCGACGGAGAGGCGGUGCAACCAGUCACAGUGGACACGAUCAUCUCGUUCUCUGGAGAAAGAUACGACUUCGUGAUAAACGCGGAUCAACCGGUAGGCGCGUAUUGGAUCCAAGUUCGUUCACUGGGAGAAUGUGGUAUACCUCGUGCUCAGCAGUUAGGUAUAUUGAGAUAUGCUCGUGGUCCAUACCAACCGACCACCACUGCGCCCACUUACGAUUUUGGUCUUCCGCAGGGUGUUGUAUUGAAUCCAUUGGACGCGAUCUGCAAUCGUCAACGAGAGGACGCGAUUUGCGUGAGCCAAUUGAAGAAUGCUCGCCAAAUUGACCAAGGAAUUCUCCAGCAGCGUCCAGACGUGAAGAUAUUCUUGCCAUUCCGUUUCCUCUUCUACAGGCCAGAAGAAGUCUUCCAGCCGCAAACGUAUAAUCGAUUCUUGGUCGCACCGACCGGAGAUCACGUAAUCUCUCUCGUCGAUGAAAUCUCGUUCACAUUUCCGCCGGCGCCUCCGCUUUCGCAAAUCGACGACAUCCCGCCCGAACAGUUUUGCAAUGGCGAUAACAGGCCAGCCGACUGUGGCGCCAACUGCAUGUGCACCCAUCAGGUCGACAUCCCGCACAACGCGGUCGUCGAAGUGGUCCUCGUCGACGAAGUCCAACAGCCGAAUCUGUCUCAUCCGUUCCAUUUACACGGAUACGCUUUCAACGUGAUCGGUAUUGGCCGUUCCCCGGACAAAAACGUGAAGAAGAUCAAUCUGAAACACGCGUUGGAUCUUGAUAAGAGAGGUCUGCUCAACCGACAGUUCAAUCUGCCACCUGCCAAGGACACCAUCGCCGUCCCGAAUAAUGGCUACGUCAUUUUCCGAUUCCGCGCUGAUAAUCCCGGAUACUGGUUGUUCCACUGCCACUUCCUCUUCCACAUAUUGAUCGGAAUGAAUUUGAUACUUCACGUCGGGACCCACGCCGAUCUUCCCCCAAUACCGCCAAAUUUCCCCAGAUGCGGGGACCACUUACCGACCAUCACGCCGCCAUCGCUGUCCCUCGACUCGUUUCACUGAUCCGUCCUGAAAAAAAGAGAAAAAGAGGAAAGCUAAAAGAAAAAAAAAAGCUGUCCAAAGCAUACAAUUAUCUCAUAUAGCGUAUUCCUGUAAAGUAGUCACACACAGUAUGCUGUAGCGAAUGCUAUUUCGUUAAUCUUCCUCUUCGUCGGGUCGGUUCGUACACGUGGUAGUGUUCUACGCGUUCUAAGUGAAUGAACAGAGAGAGAGAGAGAGAAGAAGAAGAAGAAGAGGACGGGGAAACAAGAUCGUGUGUAGUAGCGCGAAGGAGUAUAUGAGAGUGAGUCGUGAUCCUCGAAAUACGAGGAGGCAGGAGCGAUCGAGAUGUAAGACAGGGUUUUUAAUCGGAUGUAACGUAUACACGCACACGUACACACAUAUGAGCCGAUACCCGCUUUUGGUGCCGCAAUAGCGAUACGAAAAUAGCCAACAGCCGAUAUUUAUUAUGUCCUAGAUGCUUUAUCCAGCCACUUUGCGCGACCGAACCUCCCUUUUUCUCCAAUUAAACGAUUUCGCGGUGAAUAGUCACGUGGUGACCGAUACCCGACACGCGAGCGUUGCAUGAAACGCGAACAGGCCAAAUACAGUUUGGCCGAUAGUUGAAACUAAGUGACUAACCAAUCCGUAACAAUUGUGUAAAUAAUGAGUAGAGGUUAGUCGUGUUACACGUUUUAACGAGACGCACGUUAACGGUGGGUGUGCUGUUAUUCGGGACUAAAUUAGCGCGGGGAGCAUUAAUUAUUUCGCGGGGAUGGAGAACGCGGAGGUGGAGACCUUUCACCGCGAGAUGGUCGGUCGGAUGGCGAUCGUUAGGGAGACGCUGUUUAAGGAAACUUGAUCCGUUUCGAUUUCUGGAUGAUCGCGGCUCGAGCUAACGAAUUGCCGCGAUAUUGGACGCGCUUCGCCGUAUCGAAAUCCAGGUUCCUAAAGUGGCCUUAGUUAGGAAGGAAAUUAUACUCUGCCCCUAAAAUGGGCCGUGUGGCUUGUCGUUCUUGUCCUUGUCAAUAAUUUCAAGUAGUGCAAUUAGGGUUAUAAUAUAAAGUGGAAGAAAGGUAACAUUUAGAUUAUUGCCUGAUAUGAAAAAUAUAUAAGGAAAAAAAAAAGGAAAAAAAAAAAUACAAAAAAUAUUCGUAGAGGAUUAGGAUCGAGGAGGGUUGUCAAUGUUGUUGUAGCCGAGGUUGUAGAUCAAAGAAUAACUUUUUUCUUUAAUUUUAUUGGCUCGAUCGAAUUUUCUUUUUGGAAACGGUUCGAUUUUUAAUCCCAUUUUUAUUUAUUUCGCUCAGCGUGAAAUUUCUCUCUGAAAGGUGCAAACCUCGCGCGAUCGAUUCUCUCCGUUGAAUCGGUUUCAUUAAUUUUGAGUAUGGAACUCGAUCAACUCGAGCUCUCGCUCUUAUUCCUUUUAAUGACGAUCGAUGGUAUUUUUUGUCGUUACGUAAGUAACUUAUAGUACAGCUGACAUUGUCUCGCUGUCGUAGAUUUAUACUCGUUUAUUCAUGGUGCCUCAAUUUUUACUCUUCUUUUUUCUUUUUUUUUUUUUUCGUUUCUUUAUUCUAUCUCAUGAGAUUGGAGUAUAUAUGUUAAAAACAGUUUACUCGUAACUCACAAUUUACAAUGUUUGAUGUCCGUUGAACGAUCGUGGCUCGGCGCAGCUGCAUCGUCGAGAAUCGAGCGCGAUAGAUGCACGUGCACCACGUCACGAUACCCUCGCCGUUUUGUAGAUAAAACCCUUCUAUUUCACUUCGCUAAAUACACGAGACGGAAUCAUUAAAACACGAAAUACUCGAUCGUGGCGAUGCCAUCACGAGAUGAGCUGACGAGAUGCCUUUGAAAAUGCAUUGCUUGAAAGUCUAAAAAGAAUAAUUUCUUCACAAAAAUUAUAUUUUUGCGAAUCGUGUCAAAUAAUACUUCUAAAAACUUUUAAAUGGAAGUGUACAUCGUGAUCAUAGAAUGUUCUUUUUUUUCGUGUAAGAGAUGUUCCUAAUAUUGGAAAUUCUUCUAUUAGUGGAAUUUAUUUCUAUCGUAUAAUUUAUGAAAGAUUCUAUUACAAGCAACUAAGAUUGCACUUGUAUUAAAAAAUCAUGACUUUUAGAAUCAUCUUCAUGAAAUCGUAUAUUUUAAUUGGACAGGUUUGGAUUUCCUCGAACAACGUACCUGUUGUUUAAUUAUUAUUAUUUAUCUUAAAAUUGUUGAUUAUAAAAGAAAAGGUAUUCAUUGUCAGAAUCAAUUCGAAAUGAUUGUUCUUCUAACAUUCCUUCAUUGCAUUAUUUUAUCUUUUUUGUUACAAAUUCUUUUUUCUCUCUUUUCUUUUUUUUUAACUUAUUUAUAUAUAUAUAUAUAUUUUUUUUUUCGACGAAAUAAAUGUACAGUUAAAACACUUUUGUAAGAGUAUUAAUCGGCGAAGAUUAUCGCUGAAUUCGUUUAUUUUUUUAUAAUAUGUAUAAUAAAAACUGUAUUUUAUAUUUAACCGAGAAGAACCACAAAGCCGAGCUUUGUAACGAUUAUUUAUGUAAAAUGCCUAAGAGAUUCAACAAUUAUUAUUGUCCACAUGGAGAGAUGAGUUUUCGUGUUUUUUGUACAGGUAGUAUUUAAGCGAGUAACUCGCGUAUAUUCCGUUAUCAGAUAUACAGAUGUACAUUUAAUAAUAAAUUUGUUUUUAAAA